AUGCCUCCAAGCACGACUCUCUUCACAGCGGCCAGGACCGCUACCGUUUUCCGCCAGCCGUUCGCUGCUUCUUUCGCGCAGCGAAGUGUCGCCCUGCCUCUCCGAUCCCGCAACCAGGUGACUCCGACUCAGAAAAGAUGGAACUCGUCUCCAGUUCACAAAAAGUCCCUCUCACCGGAUGAGCAAAAGUUUCCCACACAGGAUCAGCUGCCUCAUGUCAAUGAGGAGGCUGCUGAGAUGGAUCGCAUCCUUCAAAAGGAGAAAAGCUGCGAUGGCCAGCCGUCCAGUCCCGAGUUGGAGCAAGGGAGCCCAGUUGAAGAUAUUCUCAAACGUGACAAGGAUGGCCUGAAGCACAUGCCCAAGGUCAUGCAAGACCAAUUGAAGAAGAAGAAGCCUGCCGGAGGCUCUCGAUCGUUCUCAACCUCGUCGCACAGCCGCCAGCAAGGAAUGGAAACAAUGGGCUCACAAGACGACAUUUCUGCCGCAGUUCUCGCCGAUAUGAUCAAGCAGGUCAAUCAAGAGGCGUCCUCGCAGCUGCCAGAGGGCCUCAAAUUCGACUUGCCCGUGCUACCAUCGGAGAAGAAGACUUUGAACUUCCGCAAGCGCUACGACUCCAUGCAAGAUCAGUUCACAAAGAUGCUCAUGCAAGAUGGCAAGCUCGCUCGCGCUCAAAAGAACAUGUCCAUUAUUCUUGAUCACCUCCGCACCUCUUCUCCCCCCAACAUCAACCCUCGCCGCCCUCUCAUGGGUGGGCCCCCUGCGCCUCAGCUGCCGUUGGACCCCGUUCGCUACCUCACAUGCAUCAUCGACUCCGUGGCUCCUCUUUUCCGCAUCCGCCAGCAGAAGGGUAUUGCCGGUGGUGGUACUGCGGUGCAGAUUCCCCACCCUCUGAAUCUGCGUCAACGUCGCCGUGCUGCGAUCAAAUGGAUCUUGGAUGCUUCAGAGAAGCGACGCGAUGCGCAGCUAGCUCACCGGGUUGCUAAUGAGUUGACGGCCGUGGCCGAGGGUCGCAGUGGUGUUUGGGAUCGCCGUGACCAGCAGCACAAGAUUGGUAUCUCGGGUCGGGCCAACUUGGGUCUUGCGCCUCGUCGCCGCUAG